CAUGAUGGAAGAUGUUACAAGUCUACCAGUGCUAGCACCAUGCUCCAUGUCUUCAGCGAUUACUGCUCCAUUGGGUUGACCACAUUCUCACAGUAGCUCCUGGUUGAUGGUCACCAUGGAGAAGAGCAAGCUCAUCUUCAGCCUCGACCGUCGCGAUGAAGGUCCCAUGGUGGCCUUUUCCAAAGACAAACCACAAAGCAGGCAGAGCCUGUCUGGCCUCAGCCUUGCAAUGGAUUUGGACCUGAGUCAAGGCCACCGCUCCCAGCCCCCCUUCCUGCCUCACUCCCCCUCGUCCCCUGGCUCUUUGGCUGAUCUAUCAGCAUCAUCAGCAGCCCUGCUUGUCACCACCAACCUAGUCAAAUCUUCCUCCACAGACUUGGAGGUGAGUGAGAGCAGCUCUUUACGAGGAAAACCUCUGCUCAGCUUGGUCAAGUCCCUGAGCACUGAGAUUUCACGCCGGGUCGAGCCAGAGGUCAACCUCUCCAAGUCAGACUCCAAGUUGCAUUUGCAUCCCUGGAAGCAGCUUACCUAUCCAAAGAUCCCUGAGGCCAGGCCUGAAGCAGGGCAACUGAGUGAGAAUGACAACUGGAUAUCACCUUCCACAGGCAGCAUGCCGUCUGCUGAACCUCGGGGUAGCUCGUUGAUCGCAGAGCUGGAGGACACAAGGAGGAAGUUCUCUGAGGCCAUGCAGGAUCCGCUGAGCAUGCUGAGUAAGAUCAUUGGUGAUGAAAGCUCCGGGAGCCCUAAGCAGGGGAGGGCCUCUGGUGCUGGAGACUCACCAGCUUCCCAAGGCAGCUGUGGAAGGGACGGGGUUGGUGAAGAUAUAGAACUUAAGUGCCGGAGGAGAGCCGAUGUUGAACAGAGAAGUGUAUGUGACACACCACUGAGAAGAUUCCAACAGGGCUCUUUAAUGAAGUCCUCCAUGUCCCCAGAAUGCCACUCUCACAACAAAGACAGCCACCUCGAAAUCCACACUUACGGAGAUAUGAUUCAGGUGGUUGAGCUCCAGAAUGGAUCCAGAGGGACUCAUCAUAGAACUUACACCCAAUCUCGGGUCACGGUGCAAGGCUCAUCACUGCCCCUUUACUGGCUUGUCCCUGUGGGUCUUCUAGCUUACAGUUUCUUUGUGUUGCCCCUGCCCUCCUAUGUCACCGGUCUGUCUGUGGGAGUUGCGUGUGGCUUUAUGUUGGGCCUGGUGGUGGUUUUCAUGUUUGCCCCACGACACUCGUCUGCAAGAAGCAGCAAGGGCUCUUGUCUGAGCAAAUCCAGACCGCUGAUCAUGGAUUCACUGGAUGAAGAGCUCACAGACACAGAAAUCCUAGAGGGCUGGAUGAAUGAGACACACAGCUAUGACCCCGAGACUUUCCACCCCUCCAUCACGCAAUCUGUCUAUGUCACCCUGGAGGGCAGCCAGCUGAGCCUGGCGUAUCCACGUGCCAACAUCCCCCGGUGGGCAAGGUUCGAUGAGACACCCCAUGAGGCCUCGUUUUUGCACUCACGCACUUACCAGCUGGCUCACUGUAAGGUGUCUCUGUUGCCGCCUGGUUUGGCUCGUAAGAGGGUGUGGAACAAAAAAUACCCCAUAUGUAUCACUCUGGCUGAGGGGGAGGUAGGGGAAGAGAGUGUAGUUGAAGGACAGGAAGAGGACGAAAGGGCAGAGAAACAGACGGUCAUAGACCACCAGCUUCCUGUCACCCUGUACCUGUUUGGCCGAACAGGACGAGAGAAGGAGGAGUGGUUCCAGCACUUCCUGUCUGCCUCCCGAGUUGGAGCCAAGAGCAGUGUGAGCCGUGAGGAGAACGCAGAAACGCUGUGCGUUGGAGAUGCUGUUAAAGAAAGCACAGAGGGGCUGCACGACUUUCACGCCGCUAUGAGAACAAGAACACUAUCGGACUACAGCACCUACAUGACUCAACUGAUUGUCUCACAGAGUUGCAAUCCUAUCUCUAGCCCCUGCCAUAGUGACAAAGGAAGCCCCACAACCCACAAGAAGAUUCACAACGAAGAGCAUGGAUCUCAAGCUGGAGCUGAGCCCAGUGCAGGUUCAAGGGCAGGAGGAUACUCUGCUGAGGGCCAGCCCAUGUGGGUGAACUCUCUGGUGGGGAGGAUCUUCUGGGACUUUCUCGGGGAGAAGUACUGGUCCGAUCAGGUGGCACACAAGAUUCAGAAGAAACUCAGCAAGAUCAAGCUGCCAUACUUCAUGAAUGAGCUGACUCUGGCUGAUUUGGACAUGGGCACAUGUCUGCCUCAAGUCCUCAGCACCUCCAAACCUACACUGGACCGUAGAGGCCUGUGGCUGGAGCUGGAGUUGGUGUACACAGGCUGUAUUCAGAUGACCCUGGAGACUAAGAUGAACCUGUACAAGCUGGGUAAAGAUGGAGAAGAUGAGGCUCAUAGUGUUCCAAAGACCCAGCAAAUGGGCUCUAAACCCAGGCUGUGCAUACUGGCUGAUAGUGAUGAAGAGUCGUCCAGUGCAGGCUCAUCUGAUGAAGAAGAAGCCCUCUCCUCUGAGCCACAGGGGUCUGUGGGAGAUAAGAGCACAGCGGCAGCAGCUGAAGGGCACACUGGUGGCAGCACAAGUAGGAAGAUCUUGAGACUUGUGGACAAGAUAGCAAAGUCCAAGUACUUCCAGAAAGCGACAGAGAACGAGUACAUCAGGAAGAAGAUAGCUGAGGUGUCCAACAUGCCUCUGAUGCUCAGCGUUGAGGUCCUGGAGCUCUCUGGUACUCUGGCCAUCAAUAUCCCACCUCCCCCUACUGACAGGAUAUGGUACAGUUUCCGAGUGCCCCCCAGGUUAGACCUUCAUGUGCGUCCCACGCUCGGGGAGAGGGAGGUCACCUUCACUCAUGUCACCGAGUGGAUUGAGAAAAAAUUACAGUGUGAGUUCCAGAAAGUGUUUGUAAUGCCCAAUAUGGACGAUCUAUAUCUGCCCCUGAUGACAUCUGGACUGGAUAACCCACAUGUAUCCCACCAAUCCUCAGUCCACUCCUCUUCCCACCAGUCUUCUGUGGAGUCCCAGGAUUAUCUGUCAGAGUAGUGCCCCUUGAAGGGCACAAAUUGGUUUUAUGUGGAUGCAAAAUAAGCAUGCAUGACAACUAUUGCCAUGAAUCUCUAACGGAUUCUGAGGCUGCAGCAGCUGGUUACCAGCUCGAUGGUCAUCCCGAGUGUGUUCACUGGAACCAGUGCAGGAUAGUGCAGCGUGGCAGAGAUCUCGGGACCGUGAGAAUGGUGCUACCGCACCCCCUACUGUGAAGAUAAUUAAACUGCAACACCUUGAGACCAGUGACAGCACAAUAAAUUACAAGUUUCCCAAAAGGAAUACAAGACUGAAAAACUGAAUGUCUUUUCUGUACGGCAAAACAAGAUGAUGCUGACGACCACUGUUUCAAAACAAUGCCCACUGAACGGCUCAUCCACCCAUUUUUCUAAUCCACUGAUCCUUUUGUUGUUGUGAGUUUGAACAAACCAGAAGAUGAAAAAUGUGGAAAUACUAAUCUGAUCUGAUUAUGUUCAGUCGUGGUUCAAGUCAUUUUUCGGCAGUGUUGCUCAUGGAAUUGUCAGUGAAUAAAACCCUGUUCAAAACUUUAAAUCUUC